AUGCCCGGGUUACAGAACACUCCUAUGGUAACGAUGCACCAGGGCAGAAGAUGUGCAAAAUGUGGAGAACCAGUGCUGGAGCCAAAAGAACAAGGUGUUGUGUUGGGGUGUCAGUGUUACCGUUCAGAUUUCGGGGGUCAUGGAUCGCUGGGCCACGGCGAUAAAGAAGGGCCGAACAGUAAAGCCCACUGGACGGCGGGUCGACUGGGGGACAUCGACUUUACUGGUUCCAGCAAGACCAGAGGGAAGUUCGCCAGGGUCCACUGUUCCACAGAGCCGGACCUGCUCUACAGGCUGCUGACUGAGCAGUGGGGUCUCGCUCCUCCACACCUGGUGGUGGGGCUGGUGGGAGGAGAUGAGGUGGCCCAGAUGAAGCCCUGGCUCAGAGACACCGUGAGGAAAGGCUUGGUGAAGGCAGCAGAGAGUACAGGAGCCUGGAUCCUGACCAGUGGUCUGCGGUUUGGCAUCACCAAGCACCUUGGCCAGGCCGUACGGGACCACUCUUUGGCCAGCACCAACUCGAAGGUGCGCGUGGUGGCCAUCGGGAUCGCACCCUGGACCCAGAUUCACAACCGGGAAAUGCUGCUCAACAGCAAGCCCGAUCAGCCGGCCUCCUACCCCUCGGAGGACCUCCCUCACGGUGACGUGUACUCUCUGGACUCCAACCACUCCCAUUUCAUCCUGGUGGACGAGGACCCGCAGAGGCCCGGCACCACCAGCGAAAUGCGCGUCAAGCUGCUCAAACACAUCUCCCUGCAGCGCACCGGCCACGGAGGGCCCGGGAGCUUUGCAAUCCCCGUCCUGUGUUUGCUGGUUCACGGCGAGCCGAGGAUCCUGCAGAGGAUGUUAAAGACCAUCCAGAACUCGACCCCCUGGCUGAUUCUGGCCGGCUCGGGGGGCGUCGCCGACAUUCUGGUUACGCUGAUCAACAAAGCGUGUUGGAACAGCGAGGUCGUUCUGGAGCUGCUGGACGAAACGUUUCCAAACGGCCAGAGCAACGAGAACGCCACCUGGGUCAAGAUGAUUCAGAGGAUUAUGGAUAACGGACACCUACUGACGGUGCACGACCCAGAACAGGAGACGUCAGACCUGGACACUGUUAUCCUCAAAGCCCUGGUCAAAGCCAAUAAAAGUCAGAGUCAGGAGGGACAGGACUUCCUGGACGAGCUGAAACUGGCUGUGGCCUGGAACAGAGUGGACAUCGCAAAGAGCGAAAUCUUCAAUGGAGAUGUGGAGUGGACGGCGGAGGACCUGGAGGAGGUCAUGAUGGACGCGCUGGCCAAAGACAAGCCGGAUUUCGUGCGUCUCUUCGUGGAUAACGGGGUGAACCUGGGCGAGUUCAUGACCUACGGCCGUCUGCAGGAGCUCUACUGCUCGGUCCGGGAGAAGAGCCUGCUGUACGAGCUCCUCCUGAAGAAGCACAACGAGAAACAGGCUCUGCUCCACAAGGCUCGGUUAAAGGGCCACGCCCCGGCCGAGGUGGGGGACAAACGGCCCCGCUUCACCCUGAUCGAGGUCUCCAGGGUCCUGAAGGACUUUCUGCACGACUCCUGUAAAGGGUUUUAUCAGAAACUCCCGGUGGAGAGGGUGGGCAAGGGUCGACUCUUCCACGCCCAGAAGGACCUGGUGGAUCUGGAGCAGGUUUGUGAGCACCCCUGGCGAGACCUCUUCCUCUGGGCCGUCCUGCAGAACAGACAGACGAUGGCCAACUACUUCUGGGCCAUGGGCCCGGAGGCGGUGGCUGCAGCUCUGGUCGGCUGUAAAAUCCUGAAGGAAAUGGCUCAUCUAGAGAAAGAGGCCGAGAACGCUCGCAGCAUGAAGGAAGCCAAGUACGAGCAGUUCGCUUUGGAUCUGUUCAGCGAGUGCUACUCCAACAGUGAGGACCGAGCGUACGCUUUCGUGGUGAGGAAGACCAGCUGCUGGAGCAAGAGUACCGUCCUCAAUCUGGCCGCAGAGGCGGAUGCCAAAAGUUUCUUCGCCCAUGAUGGAGUCCAGGCCUUGCUCACAAAGAUCUGGUGGGGAUCCAUGACCACAGAUACCAAAAUCUCCAGACUGCUCCUGUCCUUCUUCUGUCCACCUCUGAUCUGGACCAAUCUGAUUAAAUUCAGUGACGAGGCGUCGGAGGAUAAAGGAGGAGGAGAACAGUUCGCUGAGCUCGACAGUUUGGAAACGGAGAAAGCCCUGCUGCUGACCGAGGAGGACCCCAAUGACGUGGAGGCCGCGGGCACUCCGGCCGUUCAGGGCAUGGCCCAGUUCCUCCUGCGCCGCUGGAAGCGUUUCUGGAGCGCCCCGGUGACCGUGUUCCUGGGGAACCUCCUCAUGUACUUCGCCUUCCUAUUCCUGUUCACCUACGUGCUGCUGCUGGACUUCCGCCCGCCCCCUCCGGACGGCCCGUCUAUCGCCGAGAUCAUCCUGUACUUCUGGGUCUUCACGCUGGUGCUGGAGGAGAUCAGACAGAGUUUCUUUACAGACGAAGACAUGAGCAUCCUGAAGAAGUUUAAGCUCUACGUAGAGGAUAACUGGAACAAGUGUGACAUGGUGGCCAUCAUUCUCUUCGUCAUCGGAUUGUCUUGCAGGAUGGUGGAGGAGACGUACGAGGCUGGACGUACAGUCCUGGCGAUGGACUUCAUGAUUUUCACUUUGAGGCUCAUCCACAUAUUCGCCAUCCACAAACAGCUCGGGCCCAAGAUCAUCAUCGUGGAGAGAAUGAUAAAGGACGUCUUCUUCUUCUUGUUCUUCCUGAGCGUGUGGCUCAUAGCGUACGGAGUGGCCACUCAGGCUCUGCUGCACCCCAACGACCCCCGUCUGGACUGGGUGUUCCGCAGGGUGCUCUACCGCCCCUACCUGCACAUAUUCGGACAGAUCCCGCUGGAGGAGAUCGACGCUGCUAAAAUGCCAAAUGAUAACUGCACCAUGGAUGUGCACGAGAUGAUUGCAGGAACUCUACCCCCCUGCCCAAACAUCUACGCCAACUGGCUGGUCAUCCUGCUGCUGGUCAUCUACUUACUGGUCACCAACGUUCUCCUGCUCAACCUGCUCAUCGCCAUGUUCAGCUACACCUUCCAGGUGGUUCAGGGGAACACGGAUAUUUUCUCCAAGUUCCAGCGCUACAACAUGAUCGUAGAGUACUACAGCCGGCCCGCACUGGCACCACCUCUCAUCAUCAUCAACCACGUCUCUCAGCUCGUCCUCUCCCUCUUCAAAAAAUCAGAAGCUAAAAUCGAGUACCUGGAGAGAGAGCUACCACCCGGGCUGGACGAGAAGCUGAUGACCUGGGAAACUAUGCAGAAGGAAAAUUAUCUGGCCAAACUGGAGAAACUUCAUCAGGAGAGCAGCGAGGAGCGACUCAAGAGCACGUCGUCCAAGGUGCAGAGCUUGCUGAUGAGUGUGGCACGACUUAAAGAGCAGGAGAAGCGCAUGGCGAUCGUGGAGACCGAGGUGAAAUAUUGUGGAGAGGUUCUGUCCUGGAUGGCCGAGUGCUUUAAAAGGAGCACGCUGAGGUGUGACCGAGAGGCUCCCAAAAGUCCACGUACCCAGGCCAGUGCUGCAGCUGCCUCGAACCCGAAAAAGUAAAGAGUAAACAUGAUGACGAGCUGGAGCGGGGAGCCUUACGCUGAUCCAGGCCGAUAGCACCUCAUUCUGUUUGUGUUAAUCCAAAUAAAACUAAACUAGCCAAAAUGUUUGAACUAAAAAUGUGUGAGAUUUUUGUUUUAUGUGUCGUUUGUUGUUGUUGUUUUUUUUUCUAUAUUGUGUUUAUUUAAAUCAUUUUAAGCUUCUAAU